GCUUUCGAGAGGAGCUUUGCUUUCGGGUAGUAGUAUGGCAGCAUAUAAAAAUGACGGCUUGUGAUAAUAUAAUGGUUUUGGUUGGGUGUGUUGGCUGAAUUGCCUUUGUUAAAUGUAUCAGUCAGGCACUCAAAAUCACAUGAUAGUGUUUCUAUUCAUUUGAAAUUACCAACGGCUUUCAUAAAUGGCCUCUCAUACACACGAAGAGUUUGAACUGAGCAAGAAGCAUGAAGAUAUACUUGGAAAAAGAGCAUUGCUUCUGCAGCAGAUGGAAGCACAUUAUGAACAGCAGAAAGCUAAGAAAGAACAGCAGUCUCUGAUGUCUCAAGCUGCGAAGGAGAGGAAUGCCCAGAUCCUUAAGGAUUUACAGGUUGUUGAAAAAAGUCUUCAAACAAGACAGCUUCUUCAUCCAGAUAUAAUUAACCUUGAGACACGUUAUUGGGCCUCAGUUGAACGGAAACUGCCAGAAUGGGAGGAAUAUUUGCUUGGGAAAGGACAGGCACCGGCAAGUGAGACUGAUAGAUCAUUUAAACAACCGAGACUGAAAACUAGGCAACAAGACCUCUCACCUGCUCAAGGCAGGGGUAAGCCCCCUCGACCCAAACCUAGAUCAGCUGUCUGAUACACUGGCGGCCAAAAGUUUGGAAUAAUAUAAAAAUAUUGCUGUUUUGGAAGGAAAUUGGUACAUUAAUUUAACAAAGUGGCAUUCAACUGAUCACAAAGUGUAGUCAGGACAUUACUGAUGUAUAAAAACAGCACCAUCACUAAUUUAAAAAAGUUAUUUUUGAUCAAGAGAUGCCCCAUUUCCAGCAGCCAUGACUCCAACACCUUAUCUUUGAGUAAUCAUGCUAAAUUGCUAAUUUGGUAUUAGAAAACCACUGGCCAUUAUGUCAAACACAGUUGUAAGCUGUUUGAUUGUUAAAUGAAGCUUAACAUUGUCUUUGUGUUUGUUUUUGAGUUGCCACAGUAUGCAAUAGACUGGUAUGUUUUAAGGUCAAUAUUAGGUCAAAAAUUGCAAAAAAAUGACGUCUUUCUCUAGAAACUCAUCUGUAAAUCAUUGUUUUGAGGAAUAAAGGCUAUACAAUGCUUGACAUUGCCAAAAAACUGAAGAUUUCAUACAAAGGCGUACAAUACAGUCUUCAAAGACAAAGGACAUCUGGCUCUAAUAAGGACAGAAAGAGAUGUGGAAGGCCAGAUGUACAACUAAACAAUAAAUAAAUUGUCUCUAGUUUGAGAAAUAGAUGCCUCACAUAUCCUCAGCUGACAUCUUCAUUGAAUUCUACCUGCUCUACACCAGUGUCAUGUACUACAGUAAAGAGAAGACUCAGGGUUGCAGGCCUUAUGGGAAGAGUUGCAAAGAUAAAGCCACAUUUGAAACAGAAAAUAAAAGUUUAGAGUGGCAAAGAAACAGAUAUUGGAGAACAGAUAAUUGGAAAAGAGAGUUAUGAAUCUUAACCCCAUUGAGUUUUGUGGAAUCAGCUAGACUGUAAGGUGCGUGAGAAGUGCCCGACAAGACAGUCACAUCUAUGGCAAGUGCUACCGGAAGCAUGGGGUGAAAUGUCACCUGAGGAUCUGGACAAUCUGACAGCUAGAAUGCAAAGGAUCUGCAAAUCUGUCAUUGCUGCACUUGGAGGAUCUUUUGAUGAGAGCUCUUUGAGGUAGUUUUAAGAAGUUCUGAAUAUUGUUUUCAAAUUGUAAUAGAAAUUGUUCAAGUUAUUAAUGUCCUGACAUUGUGAUCAGUUGAAUGCCACUUUGAUGAAUAAAAGUACCAAUUUAUUUCCAUAAGAGCAAAAUAUGUACAUUAUUCCAAACUUUUGGCCACAAGUGUAUGUAACUUACAUAGCCUUGAAAGGAACUCUCACUCUACAUUGUAAAUUAAAAACAAAUGUAUUAGCUUGCCUUUUAUGUAAUUUACAUAUACAUUUUAAAAUAAAUUCUGGAAUAUAUAGAUGAUAAUAAAUUUGAAUAAAAUAUAAACAUAUAGAAUGUAUGCAUUUAUAUACAGAAUGGAUGCUUAUUGUAAUUAUUGAGGAUUUUUUUUUUUUUUUUUUACAAUUAAGAGUAUAUCCACAUGGGGGCAGUACUGACUUUACUUUCUGUAAUAGUACCAAAAUCCUGUCUUCUGUUCAUGGAAAGAACAAUAAAAUAAAUGAAUGAACUACAAGACAUAAAACUAUUAAUCUUUUACCUGUUAUUAUUUUUUUUGUUUAUAAUUUUUUUACCUACG